GCACACAAACCAAACAGUUCGCCUUCGAUCUCCGUCGAUGAUGUUUAUCUUAUAAUAACGCGAACAAUAUAUUCCAAUAACAAAGACCUUGCCGGCGAUGACACAAUUUAAACAAAGUGUGAACGCGAACUGAAAACGUAAAUUUUCAAAUAUCCCUCCAUUUUGUUGCGCAGGCGUGCCAACCGCGCUGUGAUUGGUCGUGUUUUAGAACGUUCAAAAAAACAUCAUGAGUGAAUUAAACAGUGUCAGUCGAUCUGCGUGCAAUAGCAAAGGUAGCAUGAUUGUUGUUUCGAACAGAUUGCCAUUUGUUUUGAAAAGAAAUGAGAAAACCGGUGAAUUGGAGCGGAAAGCCAGCGCCGGUGGGUUGGUAACCGCGGUCGCGCCAGUGGUGAUCCGAGGCAAUGGGAUCUGGGUGGGAUGGCCUGGGAUUCACCUGGAUGACCCUAACGAAAAAAUCCCUGAAUCGGAUCCUAAUGAUAAAACACCCACUGCGGGUCUACGCUCCAAUAAGAUUGUAGCAAUACAUGCCGAGCCAAAACUCUUUGAUAGCUACUACAAUGGCUGUUGCAAUGGGACUUUCUGGCCUCUAUUUCACUCUAUGCCAGACCGGGCCACCUUCAUCGCGGAUCACUGGCAUGCCUACAUCAAGAUCAAUAAAGAAUUCGCCGAAAAAACUGUCUAUGCUCUGAAAUUGUUGAAACAGAAUAAGGAGAAGAAUGGCUCCCCUCCUAUCGUUUGGGUGCAUGAUUACCACCUUAUGUUGGCUGCGAAUUGGAUUAGAGAGCGCGCUGAAGAGGACGAGAUUAAAUGUAAACUGGCGUUCUUCCUUCACAUUCCCUUCCCUCCAUGGGACAUCUUCAGGCUUUUCCCUUGGUCCGACGAGGUGCUGCAAGGCAUAUUAGGUUGUGACAUGGUCGGUUUCCACAUAACUGACUACUGCUUGAACUUCAUAGAUUGUUGUCAAAGAAACCUAGGUUGUCGUGUAGACCGUAAGAAUCUCCUAGUUGAACUGGGCGGGCGUACAAUUUGCGUUCGACCUCUGCCAAUUGGCGUUCCCUUCGACAGAUUUGUCACUUUAGCCCAAAACGCUAAGCCAGUACUGUCAACGAGUCAAAAGGUCAUCCUAGGAGUCGAUAGACUGGACUAUACAAAAGGUUUAGUACACAGAUUAAAAGCGUUUGAAAGGCUUCUAGAGAAACACCCAGAACACAUAGAAAAAGUCGUGUUGCUACAAAUUUCUGUACCAUCCAGAACUGAUGUCAAGGAAUACCAGGAUUUGAAAGAAGAGAUGGACCAGUUAGUGGGCAGGAUUAAUGGCAGGUUCACGACUCCUAACUGGUCACCCAUUAGGUAUAUUUACGGAUGCGUAGGGCAAGAGGAACUUGCAGCCUUUUACAGAGAUGCAGCUAUAGCCCUUGUGACUCCCCUCCGAGAUGGCAUGAACCUCGUAGCUAAAGAGUUCGUCGCGUGCCAAAUUAACAACCCUCCAGGAGUUCUUAUCCUGUCUCCAUUUGCUGGAGCUGGGGAGAUGAUGCACGAGGCUCUGAUCUGCAAUCCUUAUGAAUUGGAUGAUGCAGCUGAGGUCAUUCAUAGAGCGCUCAUAAUGCCGGAAGACGAGCGCACGGUGCGCAUGAACCACCUGCGGCGACGCGAGCAGCUCAACGACGUGGACAGCUGGAUGAAGGCGUUCCUCAAGGCGAUGGACUCGCUCGAGGAGGAAGCCGACGACAUCGGCGCCACCUCCAUGCAGCCCGUCACUAUUGAUGACUUCGACGAGUACCUGUCCAAAUACAUCGGCUACACACAAAAGCUGGCUCUGCUCCUGGACUACGACGGCACCCUGGCGCCGAUAGCGCCGCACCCCGACCUGGCGACGCUGCCCCUAGAGACCAAGCACACGCUGCAGCGGCUAUCCAAUAUGUCCGACGUGUACAUCGCCAUCAUAUCCGGCCGCAACGUCAACAACGUGAAAGAGAUGGUGGGUAUAGAAGGCAUUACGUACGCGGGGAACCACGGUCUGGAGAUCUUACAUCCAGAUGGUAGCAAGUUUGUGCAUCCCAUGCCGAUGGAACUGCAGGACAAAGUUGUAGAACUACUUAAGUCCCUGCAAGAACAGGUGUGCAGAGACGGCGCGUGGGUGGAGAACAAGGGCGCGCUACUGACGUUCCACUUCCGCGAGACGCCGAUGGCGAAGCGCGGCGCGCUGGCCGACACCGCGCGCCGCCUCAUCACCGCCGCCGGCUUCACGCCCGCGCCCGCGCACUGCGCCAUCGAGGCGCGCCCGCCCGUGCAGUGGAACAAGGGUCGUGCAUCAAUUUACAUUCUAAGAACAGCAUUCGGUUUGGACUGGAGCGAAAGAAUAAGAAUCAUAUACGCUGGUGAUGAUAACACCGAUGAAGACGCCAUGUUGGCGCUCAAAGGUAUGGCAGCUACAUUCCGCAUAGCGUCCUCUAACAUCAUCAAAACAUCAGCCGAGCGUCGUCUAUCCUCCACCGACUCCGUACUAGCUAUGCUCAAAUGGGUCGAGAGACACUUCUCCAGGCGCAAACCUAGAGCCAACUCCCUGACCUAUAAAAGUGCUAGAAUAGCUCGGGACACGAUACAAAUGCACGUUUCCUACCAACUCCCCGCUAGAUCCCCUAAGAAUACCCCCCCUCGUACUCCCGAUAAAUUCUCCGAUAAGUCGAACUCUAGCGGUUCUGAAUCGAGUUAAAUUAAAUUAUAAUCUAUGUGUCGAGUUAUGUACCCAAAUGUCUUUGAUAAACAUUUUAUUGUGCAUCUUUGUGUAAUGGUUGGUGUAUGAACCACGUAUUAUGUAUUGGGGUAAUUGCGAAACUUCCAGAACCUUUAAAACUUUAUAAAAUCAUUUAUUAUAAUUAUAUUCUU